GUGAGGAAGCCGGGGGGUGGGUCUGGCUGUUAGUGCUUUCAUUAGCCAGCUGCAUAUCCCUGUGUGCCUUCACCAUGCUGCAGCAGCUAGCCUUCCCAUUAUAUAGACAUUUUCUGCUGAAAAGGAAAAUCUUUGCUUCCUGUUGCAGACAGGCAGCUGCUAUGUCCUCUCUGUUAAUUAACCAACCCGAGUAUUCAUGGCUGAAAGAUCUGGGCUUGAAGGAGGAGAAUGAAGGAGUUUACAAUGGUACAUGGGGAGGAAAAGGAGAGGUUGUGACAUCCUACAGUCCUGCGAGCAAUGCGCCAAUAGCUAGAGUUAAACAGGCCACGCUAGAGGAAUACAAUGAAACUGUUAAUAAGGCUAAAGAAGCAUGGAAGAUAUGGACAGAUAUCCCAGCACCAAAGCGUGGGGAGAUUGUGAGACAAAUUGGGGAUGCACUGAGGAAAAAGAUAAAACUUCUUGGACACCUGGAAUCCUUAGAGAUGGGAAAGAUAUUAGUUGAAGGAGUUGGAGAAGUGCAAGAAUAUGUAGAUAUCUGUGAUUAUGCUGUAGGUCUUUCUCGUAUAAUUGGAGGACCCAUACUGCCUUCAGAAAGACCUGGGCAUGCUUUGAUUGAACAGUGGAAUCCAGUGGGUUUGGUGGGUAUAAUUACCGCCUUCAAUUUUCCUGUUGCUGUGUAUGGCUGGAACAACGCACUUGCUCUAAUUUGUGGAAAUGUCUGUUUAUGGAAAGGAGCUCCUACCACAUCCCUUACUAGUGUUGCUGUGACAAAAAUUGUUGCACAAGUAUUAGAAGAUAACAAUUUGCCCGGUGCUAUCUGUUCCUUGACGUGUGGUGGUGCAGACAUUGGCAACGCUAUAGCAAAAGAUGAAAGAGUAGAUCUGGUGUCAUUCACUGGGAGCACAAAUGUUGGAAAGCAGGUGGCACUUAAAGUUCAAGAAAGGUUUGGACGCAAGUUACUGGAACUGGGUGGAAACAAUGCCAUUAUAGUGUUUGAGGAUGCCGAUCUUAGUCUAGUAACUCCCUCUGUUCUAUUUGCGGCUGUGGGCACAGCAGGCCAGAGGUGCACUACUGCCAGGAGGCUGUUUUUACAUGAAAGCAUUCAUGAUGAAAUUGUGGAGAAGCUAUCUAAAGCUUAUGCACAAGUGCGAAUCGGAGAUCCCUGUGAACCUGACAUACUUUGUGGUCCGCUACACACUAAGCAGGCAGUGGAAAUGUAUCUGUCUGCUAUUGAGCAAGCAAAAUGUGAAGGAGGUACAGUUGUGUGUGGUGGCAAGGUUAUAGAUCGGCCAGGGAAUUUUGUUGAGCCAACUAUCAUGACUGGACUAGCUCAUGACGCUGCUAUUGUUCACAAAGAGACCUUUGCACCAAUACUGUACGUGAUGAAAUUUAAGACUGAAGAAGAGGCUUUCGCAUGGAACAAUGAGGUGAAACAGGGCCUUUCAAGCAGCAUCUUUACUAAGGAUCUGGGAAGGAUUUUUCGCUGGCUUGGGCCAAAGGGAUCAGAUUGUGGCUUGGUGAAUGUAAACAUUCCUACGAGUGGAGCUGAAAUUGGAGGAGCUUUUGGAGGUGAAAAACACACCGGAGGCGGCAGAGAAUCUGGCAGUGAUUCUUGGAAAUAUUAUAUGAGAAGGUCUACCUGUACCAUCAAUUACAGCAAGGACCUGCCUCUGGCUCAGGGUAUAAAAUUCCAGUGAAAACCUUUGGAUGACAUGCAGCAAAGGCAAACAUCUUGGGAACCAGUGCUGGAAGAAGCCAUUUACACAGCUCAACUGUUCUUGCCACAUACAGUCAUUAAUUUUUUUACUGAAAUAACCAAUUGUCAGUAAGCACUUGUAUACUCUGUUGACUGAUGUACAACUGGGAGAGAAAUGCAAAAGUCUUCACUUUUCAGAAGAAGAAAAAGACUUUUAUAUUACUUUUGCACCAGCUCCCUGCAUGGAAAUCCUGUUGUGUUUGCAUAUUUUCUUUCCUUUGCUAGGAGCGGUGGUUAUGAAUGUUUAAAUGCUCAGUAUAUAGGUAAGCCAUCAUUUCACAGAAGAAAGCCUUUUGGUCUUCUCUAAUAAAGAUGAAAGCCUGUAUUUUGUAAAACUUUUAGUAAAAAUUUAUACUGUGACAUUUUUUCUUUUGCUAAUUAUGUAAAAUGCUACAUGUUGGCGUGAAUUAUAGAUUUGUAGGUA